CGACGGAGAGGAUGGCUUCAGGUGGUCCAGAGCAUCCUUAAGGGAGGCGCCCGGGAGGGAAGGAAGGAAGGACCCAUUGGGGACCCCAAAAAGGCCCGGGAAGGGGGGCCACCAAAGCAGGAGGGUGGAAGGGGAGGAGGUGGAAAGAGGACCCCGUUGGUUUUGGUGGGUGGUGGGGCAAAAAGAGGAAAAAAGGGAGGAGGAGGGUAGAGGAAAACGAAGCACCCCCCCCUUCUUAGGGACCCUUUGCCUGCCUUCUGCCCCCCCCCCGGGGGCCAUCCCAGAGUGUCCAAGGAUGGAGCUGCUAAAGAAGUGGUUGGGUCACCCGGAGGAGCUCUACAACCUGGUGAAAUUCAAGAUGGGGGGCUACAAGACCGUCAUGCCCAAGAUGAACCAGGCUUGGUGGGAGCUGCUGCUGCUGUCAAGAUGCAUCAGUACGUUUAUUUUACCAGUCUUCACUCCUUCAUCUGAAUCUAGUCUGCCUUUCCAUAUAUGUUCUGCAUACAGAUCGAACAGUCAUGCCGUCUGCAUCUUCUACCUGGUUCUCCGAGCCUUGGACACGGUCGAGGAUGACAUGACCAUCAACCUGGAAACCAAGGUUCCCAUCCUGCACAACUUCCACUCGUACCUGUAUCAGCCGGACUGGCGGUUCAUGGAGAGCAAUGAGAAGGACAAGCAGGUGCUGGAGGAUUUCCCAACGAUCUCCCUGGAGUUCCGGAAUCUGGCCAAGGUCUACCAGGAUGUGAUUGCUGACGUUUGCCACAAAAUGGGCGUGGGGAUGGUCGAGUUUUUGGAAAAGAAGGUGGAUUCUGAGAAAGACUGGGACAAGUAUUGUCACUACGUCGCCGGGCUGGUAGGGAUUGGGCUCUCCCGGCUGUUCUCGGCCUCCCAGCUGGAAGACGCCAUUGUUGGCCAAGACACGGCGCUCGCCAACUCCAUGGGGCUCUUCCUGCAGAAAACCAACAUCAUUCGGGAUUACCUGGAGGACCAACUUGAAGGCAGAGAGUUCUGGCCCAGCGAGGUUUGGAACAAGUAUGUGAAGAAAAUGUCGGAUCUGGCCAAGCCAGAGAACAUUGACAAAGCGGUCCAGUGUAUGAACGAGCUCAUCACCAACGCCCUCCAUCACGUGCCUGACGUCCUGACUUAUUUGUCCCGCCUCAAGAACCAGAGUGUGUUCAACUUUUGCGCUAUUCCACAGGUGAUGGCCAUUGCUACCUUAGCAACCUGCUACAACAACCAGCAGGUCUUCAAGGGCAUGGUGAAGAUUCGGAAGGGACAGGCUGUCACCCUGAUGAUGGAUGCGACGAACAUCCAGGCUGUUAAAGCCAUCAUGUACCAAUAUGUGGAAGAGAUAUACCAGAAGAUCCCAAGCACAGACCCUUCCUCUUGCAGAACGCAACAGGUCAUCGCCUCGAUCCGAUCCAUGAGCUUGCCGGCUGGAGCCCUUGUCUCCCGGGCCCCUUAUUCCCGGGUCUACCUGUCCUGCAUUAUGCUUCUCGCUGCUUUGAGCUGGCAGUAUCUCAGCACCGUAUCGAAAGCGACCGAGGAAUACGUACACACUGGCGAAAACUGAAAGACCUUCUUCCUUGGGGGGUUUUAUUUGACGUCUUUGCAUUGAAAUCCCAUCAUGGAGCCAGAGAACUGCUUUAGAAGUUCUAGGACUUGCAGGAAAGCUGGAUUUGAAACCUUGAUUUUGCAAGAAAGGGUUGAUCCGCAAGCUUUCACCCGGAAAGAGCUGCUAACAAAUAACAUUUCUAGUUGGAAACCAUUUUUUCCCCUUUCUUUUUGGACAAGUCACAGAGAAGUCUGUUUUGAGUUCACUAAGAGUUUUUCUUCUUCUUUUUUCCUUCUGCAGGGAAUUUGGACUGCACUGGGUUUUUUCGAACGUAGGUUUUUUUUAACGAGAAUGUUACAGGGUGCCGAUUUUGUUGCUUGUGAGUUUUUGACGGUAAAAAAAGAAAUUGCUGUAAUAAAGUCUCCUGCGGUCUUCUCGUUUA